AUUCUGGGAGCGCGUGGUAUUCGUGAGAGUCGGGCCGGUCGUUCUCUCGCCUUCGCCUUCUAACGUUUGUGCCAGAACCGGAAAAAAAAUAAAGCCUGCAGUUAAUUGCCCGGGAAGAGUCCUGCCAAGAUGUCUAUUGGUGUGCCGAUUAAAGUCUUGCACGAGGCUGAAGGCCACAUAGUGACGUGUGAGACCAACACCGGGGAAGUAUACCGAGGGAAGCUCAUUGAAGCAGAGGACAACAUGAACUGUCAGAUGUCCAACAUCACAGUCACAUACAGAGAUGGUCGAGUGGCACAGCUGGAACAGGUAUAUAUACGUGGCAGCAAGAUCCGAUUUCUGAUUUUGCCUGACAUGCUGAAAAAUGCACCCAUGUUAAAGAGCAUGAAAAAUAAAAACCAAGGCUCAGGGGCCGGCAGAGGAAAAGCUGCUAUCCUGAAGGCCCAAGUGGCCGCACGAGGGAGAGGACGUGGGAUGGGACGUGGGAACAUCUUCCAGAAGCGAAGAUAAUAUUCUCCAUUGAAGAGAACGUUGUCCUUUCUUCUCUUUGAUUAUUGCAGGGGUUUUGGGGGGAGGGGGUAUUACAUGUGCAUAUGUCUUAGAUUUUCUUUUGAUAAACUGUUAAGCUAAAUAAAAUUUGGUUGUUUUGUGGUU